GCGCCACCUCUUGUGUAGCGGGAAUAUACUUUUCCAGUGGUUUUAUUUUUUACUCUGGGCUGGAGAUACAUUAUAGGCUACGGUACUACAAGCAACAGUAAGACAUAAGAACCAGUGGCACGCACCCCAGUCCUGCACAGCUUUCCUCUCCCUCUGUACCGUAAAUACAAUCGUAUGGGUGUGUGAACGUGUUAGUUUGUAGUGAAGUCACUAUUCCGCCAACCGCUAGAGUUACUUUUUGCACUGCCUGUCAUCUUUAUAGUACGUCACUUAUAGCUAGUUGGUUACAGUCCGUCCUGUUGUUUGCAUCUGAUCACCUUAAAAGCACGAAUUACAGUGUAAACAUAUUAUUUAUUAUGCACUAAGCUAUAACUUUUGUGGUUAUUGAUUCUAAAGUCUGUCCAGGAACCAGAUUCUUUUAACAUUCUAGGGGAUUAGCAACCUGUAAUAAUAGGACACCGUCAUAUAGUAACAUUUUUUUCUGUAUAUAUAGCGUGUGUUGGCAUAUUUUAAUCUUUUAUUCAUUGAUAAUUUAAUUAGACAUUUUUCCUUAUCUUUAACGGAAGCUUGUGUUGUCUAAUUCUGGAGGUUUUUGUUCAGGUGUCUGUGUCAGUGUGUCUCAGGUAUUAUGAUGGAGCCUGCAGCUGAAAUGCUGGAUGUUUUAGAGGGUGAAAGUUCAGACAGUAGUGUGCAGUGCCCAGUAUGUGGCAUAGAAAUGCCAGGUGCACAAAUAAACUCUCACUUGGAUACUUGUCUGCAAUUGAAACCCAGUGACAGCAUAACUGGUAAGAAAAGACGUCUGUCCUCUCAUGAUGAUACAGGUGCAGAAAAUGCUCAACUUGGGAAGCAUCAGAAAUUAGCAGCACCAAGUUUUCCUCUCUUCGAAAAGCAUAAACCUACAGAUUGGUCAGUGGAAGAGGGCUCAUCGUCCUUUAACACCACCGCCACUACAUUCCCGACAUUUACCUCAUCACCAAACAGAAUGAAUACAACUGGCAAAAAGCAAGUCUGUAAAAAACCAUGUCUGGAUCAUCUACAAACUGGUACCCACCAUGAAAAGCAAAAAGAGAACAGUCUGGCAGAAAAAUUGGAUGGCAAACCAUUGGCAGAUAAGAUGAGGCCCUGCACUCUGCAGGAUUAUUUUGGUCAGAACAAAGUGCUGGGAGAGGACACCAUGCUCCGGACACUGCUGCAAGCCAAUGACAUCCCUUCAAUUAUACUCUGGGGUCCUCCUGGCUGUGGCAAGACCACAUUAGCUCACAUUAUUGCCAAGAAUACCAAUAAAAACAACACUAGGUUUGUGAACUUGUCUGCAACAAGUGCCUCCACAAAUGAUGUUCGAGAGGUCAUAAAGCAGGCACAAAAUGAACUCAAGCUUUUCAAACGAAAAACCAUACUUUUUGUGGAUGAGAUUCAUCGUUUCAACAAAAGCCAACAGGACACCUUCUUGCCUCACGUGGAGUGUGGCACAGUCACUCUUAUUGGGGCUACAACAGAGAACCCCUCUUUUCAAGUGAACACUGCCCUGCUGAGCCGUUGUAGGGUUAUUGUCCUGGAGAAGCUGAGUGUUGAAGCUAUGGAGACGAUUUUGAUGAGAGCUGUAGACUCUUUGGGGCUCAAAGUCCUACAAGAUGAUGAGCAGCCAGACUGCAGCAGUGAUGCACCAGAGCCUCCGGUGUAUCUGGAGAAAAAAGCUUUAACUACACUAGCCCACCUCUGUGAUGGUGAUGCCAGAACUGGGCUGAAUGGCUUGCAGCUGUCUAUACAGGCCAUGGUAGCUUCAGGAAAAUAUACACAGAAAGACGCUAUGGUUAUUAAAGAGGAGCAAAUCAAGGAAGGAUUACAGCGCUCUCACAUUCUAUAUGACCGAGCUGGGGAAGAGCACUACAAUUGUAUAUCUGCCCUUCAUAAAUCAAUGCGAGGCUCUGAUCAAAAUGCUUCUCUCUAUUGGCUUGGAAGAAUGCUAGAGGGUGGAGAAAACCCAUUGUAUGUGGCACGGAGGUUGGUACGAUUUGCAAGUGAGGAUAUUGGUCUGGCUGAUCCACUGGCACUCCCACAGGCAGUAUCUGCUUACCAAGCCUGUCAUUUUAUCGGAAUGCCUGAAUGCGAUGUGAUAUUAGCUCAGUGCGUAAUGUAUUUGGCCCAGGCUCCUAAAUCUAUUUCAGUGUACAGUGCCUAUAACAAGGUGAAAGACUGCUUAAGGAACUACAAGGGACCACAUCCACCUGUGCCCCUGCACUUGAGAAAUGCACCAACAAAGCUGAUGAAGAACUUAGGUUAUGGGAAAGGCUAUAAAUAUAAUCCAAAAUUCCAGGAACCUAUAGAGCAGGAUUACCUGCCUCUAGAGCUGAAAGGAACACGGUUUGUUUAAUUCACCUUAUUACCACAGGACUUCUUGGGUUUUUUCCUGAACAUAAUUAGGAUUUAACUUAAUAUGUUGCAGUUGUCACUGAUUUUUUGAGUGACAAACUUCAUUGUAAAGAAGUCCUUUGUAUGUGCCUGGAAUCAUACAAUGGCAAUUCUUCAUUUGGACUCGCAAGUUGCACUAUAAAUGUAUUUUCAAAACAUAACUGCUUAUUAUUAUUUCUUUCAGAAAUCCUCACCUCCUUCUCAUUAUGAAAUAGAUAUUUUAUUUUGACUGCAUUAUCAUUGCCGUUUCUAAAGAUUAGAUCAUUAUUUUUUUUCUUCUGGAUUAAAAAGAAAUCCUUCUGCAGUUUCCACUUAAAUUCAGAUGUCUGACAUUGAUGGUGUUAGAAUAUCUAAGAUAAAUAAUUGGAAUUGGGUUUUUUAAAUGUAUUUAAUAAGCCCGUAAGCUUUCUAAUAAAUAUAUAUAAAUAAAUAUAUAUAUAUAUAUUUAUAAAUGCUGCAGGAUAAAAAAUACAACUAAAAAUAAAAAGACGUGUACCUAGUUAUGAAGAAAUAGCAAGUGGGAGAAAUCCGACAGAUUAAAAUUAAAUAUAUAAAAACGUAGCCAUCAAUGCAUGUGUAAUUUUGAUAAUAUAGAACUAAUAGUUUCUUUUAUUUGCGUUAAAGGGAAAGUCUACUUUAAUUUUUUUAUUGUUUAAAAAUAUAGAUAAUCCAUUUAUUACCCAUUCCUCAGUUUUACAUAACCAACACUGUUAUAUGAAUAAAUGUUUUACCUCUGUGAUUACCCUGUAUCUAAGCCUCUGCUGACUGUCCCCUUAUCUCAGUGCUUUUGACAGACUUGUAUUUUAACCAAUCAGUGCUGACUCAUAAAUAACUCCACGGGAGUGAGCACAAUAGUAUCUAUAUGAUGACAUACAUGAACUAGUAGUGUCUAACUGUGAAAAACUGUUAAGAUGCAUUGAGAUUAGAGGCGGCCUUCAGCGGCUUAAAAAUCAGUUUAUGAGCCUACCUAGGUUUAGAUUUAAACAAAGAAUACCAAUAGAAUAAGCAAAUUUGAUGAUAAAAGUAAACUGGAAAGAUGUUUAAAAUUGCAUGCCCUAUCUGAAUCAUGAAAAUUUAAUUUUGACUUGACUGUCCCUUUAACAGUUUUCAAUUAACUUCUAUUAUCAAAUCUGCUUCAUUCCCAUGGUAUUCUUUGUUGACAAGAUACCUCGGUAGGUGUCUGAAGCACAACAAGGCAGGAAAUAGUGCUGCCAUCUAGUGCUCUGGCUAAUGUAUAACAUUCUUGCAAAACGGCUGCCAUAUAGUGGUCCAGACACGUGCAUGCUCCUGAGCAUCCAGCCCUGCUUUUAAACAAAAGAUACCAAGGAACAAAGAAAAUUUGAUAUUAGAAGUAAAUUAGAGUUGUUUAAAAUUAAAGUAAGUUAAAGUUGUUUAAAAUUGUAUGCUAUAUCUGAAUCAUGAACGUAAGAAAACAAUCAGUUUUAUAUCCCUUUAACACGUUUUUAUAAAUUCACCAGUAUUCUUGAUAGCAAUCUUUAGUGCCUUCUUGAAAGCUCUCCUCUCCAGAUAUCUAAAAUGGUCCAUUGGUACUAAGGAAGCCUCCAUGAGAUUUGACAUUUUUUUCCUUUAUAAUCUUACAUUGGAAAUUCUCGUCUAGCAGUUAGAUCAGCCAGAAGAGUAGCAGAGCUACGCUGAAACUCCAUUAUAAUAAAAACUAUAUUAAGUGAGUACAUGCAGAAGGGUAAGAGUUGUUUAUAACAUUUUAAUCAUCUGUUUAGUUUUUAAAAUUCCAAAUUUAGAGCAGAAAUUCUUGCUUUUUUAUUUUUUGCUAUGCGGAAAUUAUAAUAAAACAGUUAUUGCGUUACAAAAGGUAAAGGACCACUAAAUGUAGUAGAAUUGCAUAAUUAACAAGUGCAUAAUAAAAAGACAAUGCAAUAACACAAUCUCAGUUUCAAAUAAGCAGUAGAUAUUUUUACGACAAAUGUAUUUUUUCUCCCAUUUUCUGGACCCCUGUAUCAUGUGACAGACAUCAGCCAAUUACAGACUAGUAUACCUAUACCCUGUGUGCUUGCACACAUGCUCAGUAGGAGCUUGUUCCCUAGAAAGUGUGAACAUAAAAAAACGUUCUUUUAAGAAUCGUCAUCUGUCAAUCAAUUUGACAAAAUGCCAGGCGGGAGAGAUGCGCUUAUCAUCGGAGCGCUCAAAAGGUAAAGAUUUUAAAAAAAUAAUGAAAUAUAAAAAAAAGUUUAUCCAAUGCCGUGGGGCAGUUGCGUGAAAUUGACCUUCACUUUAAGCUCUCACCUUAUGCUACAGAUUCUUAACGUCAGCACUUGAUAAAAUGUUUUGAGCUCUGAGUUUGCAGUUUUGUUCUUGCUGUUUUGUAGACACAGCUUUGUGCGAUGUACACAUCUCCCCAUUUGCUAUAUUACAUGCUAAUUUAUUAGUGAGUUUUGGUUAUUUUAAAUGCUGGUAUCUUUUACUAUACAUCUGCUUGUGUUUCUUUAACUUUUUUAGCAGCAAAAUAAAAAGCAGAAAAUAAAUCGGCAAAUAAAAAAAAAA